GACGAGGCCAUCUCCUUACAUGUCUUGCUGCACCAGCAUGAGCAGUGAUCCCUUCUGUUCAAAAUUUCAGGCAACAUCGCAAUGAGGCAAAACAUUGUGCCGAAUCUGCCGUACAAAGAGUGUUCAAAGCUUCACGCUACUAACGGACGAAUACAUAAGCACUCAUUUACCUUAAAUUAUAAAGGAAUUCUAUAGCUUCAUACAAAUUCGCCUAUUAGCAACUCUCCCUGGUCGUUCAAAAGUUGCUUGAAGAUUCUACCAUCUCCAUACUAUGAAGGAGCGCUUCUUCAUUUCUUCAUUUUAUCUGAACCUUAACGUAUCCUUCCAACACAAUGUCCAUGGACAACGGUAAUGAGUCGCACCUGGAAUACUUGCAGAAGAGCUUAGGGCCUCUAAACAAUGAAGAUGACAAGUUCGUCUUCAUUGUUGAGGGCAAGGACAGUCCUGUGCUCUUAGCUGGCGGUGUGGUCUUUGGCAGUCUUGAAAACAUCGUGCAUGACACGGACAAGGUGUCCGUUUUCAUUCUGCACAGGGUGAACAACAGCAAGAAGACCUCCAUGGUAUUGCCCAGUGGUACCAUUAAGGUUGGCAAGGAGCUCAAGAAGCACACAGUCGUAGAGCUUCCAGUGCAGAGCCUACUUGGCAGAUUCAGCAAGCAGCAGGUCAAGGAGUGGGCUUUCUCCCAUGGCUGCACAAAUGUUCUAUGGAAUGACUCCAUGGUCCAGUACAAGGGCAAGCUGGCGUUGGUUGCUUAGAGAGGUUCCUUGAUGAGCAGGGAUACAGAGCCAGUGGGCAGCUGCAGUCUAGAGCUAUGUGGUUCAGUGGUGUGUAGUAGGUGUUCACUAGGAAAAAUGGAAGCAGUGCAGUAGUAGUGUGAAACAGGUCACAGGUGAAGGUUGAUGAAGAACAUGUGUGUAUAAUUGCAUGCCAAGAACAGGUACUGCUGUUGCUGUGAUGAUUUUGGUAGCAGCCUCCAGACUUGUAAAGAAUAGAGACAAUAGAUGCCUGUACAGGCCAGCUGGCUGUGCACUAUACUGCACAAUUCCACAUGAUGAGCAAGUGAGGUGACCAGGGCGACCCAGACUGUUGUGUGUAAUACAUACAUAUGUAUAUAAUUCCUGACGAAUGUGGUUUUGUGCCUACCCAUGCACUACAAGCUUCUAUCCCCAAUGAUGGCAAAUAGAUGCUGAUGGCAUGAAUAAUGAAGUCAGACAGCUUUCCAAAAAAAGAUAAUGUGUGAUUUAAUAGUGGACAGGGAAUCAUGUAAAAGCUCAUAA